AUGCAGCUGAGAAACCACAUUUUUCUAUAUUUCCUUUUCCUACACUUCAUUCUGAUAGUUUCCACACAAAAAUCGGAUCCAAUUCGAGCAGGUGGCAAGAAUUUCAGUGUCAUCCCGUCGAAUGGAACCCAGAGAAACGUGUGCGAGUCACUUUUCGGAGUGGGACAAGAGUCAUUGUCAGCGAUCGCCUCUCCAAACUAUCCUCAACUCUAUCCACCGAAUCAGGAUUGCGUCCGAGUCAUUCAAGCGAGUCCUGGCUAUGAUAUCGUCGUGAAAUUCAACUUUUUCUUUCAAGUCGAAGGUGCUUAUGGAGUGAAAAGCGGUAAAAUCGAGUACGACGAGUUGUGCCCAAAUGAUUUCGUGGAGUUCCGCGAUGGGCGCUACGGAUUUUCACGAUUGAUUGGACGUUUUUGUGGAAACGAGAUCCCACGCGAAGAGAUCAGAGCGAUCACUGGUUUUCUUUGGAUCCGUUUCCAUUCCGAUGAAUUCCUGCAAUACAAAGGAUUUCACGCAAGCUACGAGAUGGUCCGCGCAUCCGUACAGCGCCCGCUUGACGGGGUAAAUGAGUGCCACUUCGAGGUGCACAACGCGUUAGACGGAUGGAUCGAUUCACAAGCUGUUCAACAUGUUCGACAAGGUGCCGGGGAAUUGGAAUGCGUUUGGCGAGUGGAGAUCCCAAGAAAUCUCUCGAUAUCCCUCUUCUUCAUCGAUUUCGAUUUGGCUCAUCCAAAUCAUUGCGAGGAUAAUUUCGUCGAGGUAUUUGCCGGCACAACUGGGACACCGAUUCGCAGAUUCUGCGGCCUAAGCGCUUCGAACAUUUUCUCAUCGAGUUCGGUUCUCUUUUUGCGACUCCGUUUAGCAUCGGCUCGUUUAUUGAAAGAAACUCGAGUGCGAGCGUUGUUUUCAUCGUAUAAAAAUGACAAAAAUUGCUCCCUACUGGGGAUGUUCUCUUGUGGUGACGGGAAAUGCAUUCCUCGAUCACUCAUUUGCAACAACAAUCACAAUUGUCCGUAUGCUUUCGACGAGACACAGUGCAGAGGCAUCGCCAGUCCAGCUCUCACCGCGCUCCUCUCUUCCGGCUACUUUCCCCUCAUAAUGCUCAUCGUUUUGGUCUUCAUUUCGGUGGUUUCUCUGUACAUCUGGAGUUUCCACUCGUACCUUUGCAACCUUUGCGGAACGAAGAACAAGAUGCAACGACUUCACGAAGCACCCGAGCAGAACGGGAAACUCAAAAAGGAGACUUCACUCAUCACA